CGACGAGCAGUGUGCACUGAAUGGCUGACGGAAACGUAUCAGGAGACUGUAAAAAUGACUCUGACGAUUUACUGCUUGAUCCUAAGGUCUUUACACUGGAUGACUCUACCGGACAGGAGCCAGAGGGGCAAACUUUGUGGCCCAGACCACUGGCUCGGACAUGGACCCUGAUGCUGUUUUUGGACACCUGCCUCCUUUUCUGUGCCAGGAUGGUCAUGCCAAUUUGCACUGUUUCGAUGGCAAGCACAUUUCACUGGACUAAGACAGAAUCUGGGCUGGUUCUGGGUGGAUUCUUCUGGGGUUACUGCUUCACACAGAUCCUGGGAGGACAUGUCAGUGACAAAGUGGGAGGAGAAAGGGUCCUGUUCAUCUCCACGGCCUCCUGGGCUGUGAUCACAGCUGUUACUCCUCUUUUGGCCAAAGUGGGAAAUUACCCUCUUGCUCUCAUGACUAUGUCCAGAUUCCUAAUGGGACUGUCCCAGGGUGUGCACUAUCCCUCUCUGGCAAGCCUUUGUUCACAGCGUAUCGAGGAAGGAGAGAGAGGUUUUCUGAUGAGCAUCAUGCACAGUGGCUCCAAUAUGGGCACUUUGAUAGUCGGUGGGCUAGGGUCCCUGAUGUUGGAGUGGUACGGCUGGGAGAGCGUCUUCUAUGGCACCGGGCUCCUGUCUGGACUCUGGGUGCUCAUGGCAUGGCAAUAUUUCCUGAAAGGUCAAGUUAUUCCCAAACAGAGGAUAUCCAGCAAAGACGCACAGUGGAGUCUGUCUGUCUGGCUGAGUCUUCUUAAGAAGCCGCCUGUCUGUGCCAUGGUCAUUGCUCACAUGUGCAUCAACAGCGCCUUGUACACAGUACUGUCAUGGCUGCCGACAUACUUCGAGGAUUCAUUUCCACAUGCUCUGGGAUGGGUGUAUAAUGUAAUUCCAUGGUUGGUUGCCAUCCCGUCUGCACUUGGUGGAGGAUACGUUUCAGAUUUCCUCAUCAGCCAAGGAUAUGCUGUGGCAUCUGUAAGAAAGAUAAUGCAGUUCUUCGCCAUGGGAGUGUCGAGUAUGUUUCUCCUGCUCCUGUGUAGCCCGGUCAAAUUCACCUCUGCUCUGGCCUACAUUUCGGCUGCAGUGGGUUUCAGCGCAUUCACCUGCAGUGGGGUGUCGAUGAAUGUGCAGGAUCUCACUCCGUCAUGUGCAGGAGCCCUUUUUGGUGUUAUGAAUAUGUGUGGUGCUUUCAUGGGGCUGCUGUUGGUCUCAUUCUCGGGCUACCUGAUCGAGGUCACCUUGUCGUGGGCCAUGGUGUUCUCUGUUAUCACCUUAGUAAAUGUCACAGGCCUGGGCUUCUUCGUCUUCUUUGGAGAUGCACACCGUGUGGACCUGGAGGUUUACAGCCAAGUCACUCCAACCUGAUGGACGUGCUGCGUGUAGCAAGCAUCAGCCUGCGGGUACGGAAACACAAGAACGCACAAAAAUGCAGAAUAAUGCUGCAUUCUGAGACUUGUGGAGGAAAUGUGCAGCACUUGAGCCUUCCUCAUUUCACUCCACUUCCUCUCCAUCCCGCUUUCCUCCCAAAUAUACAGCUGAUCUUGCUCUGAAAAGAGAAUUUAAAUACUGCAUUCAUGUUGAGGAUGCACUAUUUAUAUUGAAUACUUGAAUAUUCCAGCUUCACAGGAAUGUUUUUUGUUUACUGUUCCACUUUCUGUGCAGUGUGUUUGCUGGAUGCCUAAAAUGUAAAUGUAAACACUAAUGUACAAAAUUUAGUUAAUUUAUGAAUGUGCAACAUACAAAGACUAUGUAUAUGUACAAAUGAUGUUUGGGUAAGUUGUUUGGAUAACCAAAGAGUUUACUCACAUGACAAAAAAUAAUAGUAAGGUUGGAUAAAAGAGAGUCCAUAUAACUUUAUAAAAGUGAAAAACAAUUUGUGUGACAUUUCUAGAUAAUAAAAGUGCCUGUUUUUCUUUGUAUCAAAUGAUGCUGAUCAUUGAACCAUGGAUGUUUAAAUGAGAAAUGGAGAAUUUAUAAAGCAGGAAUGCAAAAUGCAAAAUGCUGAUUGCCACACCCUAAACAAUAUAUUGGGUUUAUUUUCUUGCUCAAAUUCAUUGCGGGAACACUUGGACAUUGAAAAAGUACCAUAUUUAUUAUUUCUAUUUAUUCCUCUGAAUACAGUUUCAUUUGAAAGAUUUUUGGUUAUGGUAUCUGACAGUUUUAUAAGCUGUAAUUUAUAGUUAAAGUAUUAUUAAACUCUGUGACAUAUUGUUGUACAUGUGUCAGUGUUUGUGAAUAUAUCAAAAUAAUAUUUGUGAAAGCUUGUUUGAUAUUUCAAAAAGCUUCCAAACAUUAGA